CUUCUGCGGGCUCCAGCAGCCGACGUGAGUUUGACUGUGUGAGUGAGUGAGUGUGUGUGGUCAGUCCGAGUUACGGACUCUUCAUGGACAUGUAGAUGGUAAAAUAAGUUCUGAAUGUCUGGCUCCAAAGGCGCAAAGUUAAGUCACAUUCAUCUUCUCUGCUUCCCAAACCGCCUUUAUGCACAAAAACAAACCAUUGCCAAAGUUUGCAUGAGAAAAUCCUACAGUUAAAGGCAGAAGAAAAGUGCGCCCAGAACUUUCUUCAGAUCCUGACCCAUUAGAAGCAGAACCAUAGUGUCCGAGUUUCUCCGGAGAACUGGAAAACCCACAGUGUCGGUGCAGAAGUUGCUGAAGUCGCAGUGCCCCCUCUCCACAACCGACCCGAGUUUUGUAAUGCUGAAUUUUACGCGCGUGUUCACGCUGCCCCAUAGAAGAUGACGUGCGCGUUCACAGUGGGCGGUUGUGCGUAAAGUCAUUAUUUGCUUUUAGGCCAUAAAGGAAACGCGUUUUCUCCUCUUUUUUCUAUUCCUACAGACCGAGUGAAGCAAAGUUAGACAACCGGAAACAUCAUUUACUAACGUAAACACGUAUUUAAUUAAUUAAUAAACAGUACGUUACAGUGUAUAUAUGAGGUAGGUUCGAACCUGAGGAGUUCCGUUUCAGUUGUUGUUCCAGUACCUUUCUGGACAAAACAAUGAACGGCUCCCGGAGUAAUAUUUGUUUGGCUUUUUUACAUGUCGUUUUUUGUGUCAAAAAUUGGAUAAAUAUGUAUUUUUUAAAUGUAUUUACAGGUAUUUAUAGAUGUGAACAAAGGCCGACUUCUUGGCAUUUUUUAACAAUGGACUACGUCUUGUUAAAACGUUUUUUGUCACGUGACAUUAUGUUCUAUUCCGUACCAUGCAUGUCAUUUAUAAUUGUGUAUUUGUGUCUUUUAGGAAGGUUGAUGGUCCACUGCCACGGUUUAUGGAGUAACCGCCAAAACCUUUUCCCUAUUUCCUGGGCUAAUGGCCCCGGCGGCAAGAUGGCCCCUGUCUCACUGCUGGUAGAUUGUUCCACAGUUAUAUUAUUGGGCUGUUGCUGUAUCUCUCCGUUCUUCUCUGUGUGACUGUAGCAGCUACUGAUGAAUGCUGGCGCACAAAGUGGCGCACAAGUCCCGCCUGUGUUCAUUCUCAGGAGGAGGGUCGUUGUCAGGGGAUUGGAGCACAGCAUUGUCAGUAGUCCAGCCUUCAUUUACACACGCACACUCACUCAGACACAGACAGAGCUGCUGGAAGGAUGGAGGGACAGAUGCAGCCAGCGGAUGAAGGGCCCUGCGCCCCCAAGAUGUACCGCCAGGAGCGGGCUUCAUACGGCGGACUGAAGAUGUUCCAGGGCAGACGUCCGGCCGUGAAGACGCGCUUCGACGGCUCUGCUUUGGUGGAGUUCCCUCUGUUUGGAGACGGACAUCAUUACACUUUCCACCCAGAUCAGCCUCAUCAUUUCCAACCGCUCAAUCACCAUCACCAUCAUCACCAGCAGCAGCAGCGGUCGCUCCAUCAAACGAGCGCCUCCAUCAUUAGCAGCAGCCAACAGCAGCAGCAGCAUUGUUUUCCAUGUGAGACCAGGCCCAGCAGCAGCAGCAUCAGCAGUAGCAACAGGGUCCCGACAUCCACCUCAGCACCAGCACCAGCUCCAGCACCAGCAGCGUCUGUCGGUGCGCAACCUCGGCGCAACCGCAGCGGUGGUGGAGGUGGGGCAGAGAACAGAAUCUCUCCAGACUGCAGCCUCGGUAUCAGCUCAGAGAACCGUCUCAUUCUCGAUGCCUUUGCACAGCAGUGCAGCCGAGUCCUCAGCCUCCUCAACCACGGCCGACUCCUGGAGCCUUCAUCCUCCCUGCCCUCCAACAUCAAGCUGGAGGAAGCUCAAGGCCUUCCCUGCUCCACAGCCGGCAGACUCAAACCAGAAGAAAGUUCAUCAAGCACAGACCCAGAGGAGGAGGAGGGGGUCCAACAAAGCCAUCUGAACCAACAACAGACCUCUGCUGUUCUUCGUAUCUUCACAGACUCCCUACAGAACUAUCUCCUCACAGGUACUCGGCAGAAACAGCAGCAUCUGUCUGCAGCUCCGGAGGAUGUUAAGUGUCCGUCAGGUGAGCCCGGUUCAGGUCUGGGGGGUUGGGGUUCUCCGACUCCGUCCGACUCGUAUGGCCAUCCGUCAUCCACGUUGCCUGAGGAGGAGGAGGAAGAGGAGGAAAGCUGCUGCCCACGCUGCCUGGAGCUUGAGCAGGAGGUGUUGUCUCUGCAGCAGGAGAACGAGGAGCUGCGAAACAAGCUGGAGAGCGUUCCAGUUCCCUGCCAAAAUGUUCUUGACUACUUCAAGACUGUUCUAGAUUUUCACAACCAGCUGAUCCAGCCACUGACGGAGGAGCAGCUCACAGAGGUGAAGAGGCACAGCUCUUGGACCAGUAUAUCAACAGUGGAGGAAGAACAACAGCCAGUCUUUGAGGGCAGUAAACAGCUCCUGGAGAAUUAUCCUCUCUUCAUCACUAAUAAGCAGUGGGACGAAGCCGUCAACUCCUCCAAGAAAGACGGUCGACGGCUGCUGCGUUACCUGAUUCGGUACAUCUUCACCACAGAUGAGCUCAAGUUCUCCUGUGGUUUGGGUAAAAGGAAACGUUCAGUCCACUCAGGGGAGCCGGGCCUGGAGAGGAGGCCCCUGAACCCAGUAAAAGUCAGCUGUCUGAGAGAGUUCAUCCGUAUGCACUGUGCCUCUAACCCAGAUUGGUGGAUGCCUUCAGAGGAGCAGAUCAACAAAGUCUUCAGUGACGCUGUGGGUCACGCUCGUCAAGGCCGGGCCGUUGGAACAUUCCUGGGCAGCAGCAGCAGCAGCACCAGCAGCCUCUACAUGGACGGAUUUGAUGGUCACGCGUCACAAGAUGAACUGUAUCUGAAGAACUGUCAGAAUGGCCAAUCAGACUGAAGUUACAGAUUAAUAAAUAAAAGAAUAAAUAAAUGUGGAAGCAAAUGGCAGUAAUGUAGCUGUAAAACAAACAUAUCUUAAGUCACUGACCUGAUCCUGUCACUUUACACAGUGAAGAAAACAUUCCAGAGGAAGUUAGAAAAACAACUUUGCUCCUCUUUUCAAAUAGUUUUGUGCCUUUUUAUUUUUUAUCAUUAAUAAAUAUUUUAUUCUGGUAUGUUUUAAAUUUUGGUUUUUGAAAACAGAAACAGAAUCAAACCUUGCACAAGGUUAACAAAAAAUAAAUCAUAUUUUGAUCUUGUCUUGAGCAUUGACAAGUGUCAAUGUAAAAAUCACUGAGUAUUUGAAGCCACCAAAUCUGGUAAAACCUGAAUAUCCCAUCAAGAUAAGUAAUGAGUCUGGAGUUGUCUUCUGAACCUACAAGAAACUGAUUUUAAAUUUGGAUUUGGUUUUGGGUUUUUUUUUACAUCCGUAAAUGCUGUGUUUUGUUAAUUUUUUACAUCUUAUUCCAGUUUACAGGAUAAUGAUCCACCUUCCAUUUGGAGCAUAAUUACAGAUUGCAGUGUUGAUGAACAUGCCAUUGAGCUGAGGCUGUGAUUGGAUGAUUUAGCUGUCAGGUGUGUGUGGUCUUCUGUUAAAUGUUUUCUUGUGUGUUACCCUAAAUUAAAGUACUAUUAUUUUACUAUUCUGGUCCAAAUCACCUGGAACCAGUAAGACUUCCAUUAGCGCAGGUUUAGAAAGUUGGCCGAGAAACCAACAGAACAUUUCUGUCAGAAGGAAACUAAUCUGCAUUCAUUUUCCCAUAAUCACACUCACUAAGAUUAGUAGCACAUUUACUAUAACAUAUUUUCUUUACGAUUACUUAAUUGUUUUUUUCAGUGCCUCUGAAGUUGUCUGGGUCAUGACCUGAGUUUUAUUUCAGUUUCCGCUCCUCUACAUCUGAAUGUACCAGAUUUAACCACAGUUGUGUGUAAAUGUGUAUUACAAAGUUACAGUAAGUGUGUGAGCUGUUUCUCUCUCUCUCUCUCUCUCUCUCUCUCUCUUUAAGAAGCCAAGUAGAAAAAGUGCCACAGAAACCUCAAGACCGUGAGAUUCUGUUGACAUGUUGCUGUUCAGACUGUAAGCGUUGCUGUGUAUUUACUCCUCAAAGUGGCCGUUAUCAACACUGUGAAACAUCCGUGAGAUUUUUACUGAUCUACACUGUUUU